GCUCGAUUGGAUUUUUUGCGCGAACAGUACAACAUUCAACCCAAUGAAUUUAUCACGUUCGAUGCUAUGCGGCAUGCAGCUCAAUGUUUGGGUCGUGCAAUCCGUGGCAAAUCCGAUUAUGGCAUCAUGGUUUUGGCCGAUAAAGUUAAAGGUGUCGACUCCCAAAACGAGCGUUUGCAGUUCGUGUUUCAGCUGGCCAUUCGGAACUCGGACGCAACAGUGGUCCAGUCUUUUUUUUACUUUUUCUCGGGCAUCACCCAAAUUCUUUCACAAACAGAACCCAUAAAGAAUGCGGAGAAAAAGGUUGCCCGCGAGAAGACUCAUCCACACAAGUAG